AUGGCGCUGGGGAUGGAAGCGCCGGCGGACGAGCCCGCAGAGCGCGGCGCUCCCGCGCUGCCACACGCCGAGCGAGCGUCGCUGGCGUCCACCUUCUCCUCGCUGUCUCGGGGGCCUGCGGCGGAGGCUCACGCGGGCGCAGCUGAGCGCGGCGGCGGCGAGGAGCGCCAGGGCCCCACCUGUUUGAGUGCGCCCGUGGGCGAGGCGUCGCCGCUCCUUCUGCCCUCAACGGCGCCAUCGAUCUCUUCGUCCUUCGAGGGCGACAGCGCGUGCAGGACGCCGCUCGCGUACUCCUCCUCGCUGGCGGUCCUGCGGCGUCGGUCCCAUCUCUGCGCGUCCUCCACGCCUCCGUCUUCGCUCGCGCUCUUCUCGUCGGCUGUCGCCCACAAUCCGCUGCGAUGCAUUUACAGCGAGCUGCACUCGCUGCUCACCGUCAUUCGGCUCGCGGCCGCGUCUGCGUCGGCCUCCUGCGCCAGUCUCUACGCCUCGCAGGCCUCCCCCUCCCCCUCUGCGUCCGCGGUCGCCUACGGAGACGCGCUCGCGCUGCCGCCGCCGCUCUCGGGGUUCGUGAGCAACGUGGAGACGCUCCUCGCGGCGCUCCGCGCGCAGCUGCAGCAGCAGCGCGACGCGCAAGACGACCUCGGCGACCGCUUCGCCCUGCCGCGCUCGAUGGUCUCCGCCCCAAGGCGGUCGCCACGGGCGCGCCGGGGGAGUGCGGGAGGAGGAGUACGAGAAGCGGGCGAGAGGGGCUGCAGGGGCGAGGCGUCUCCUCUCUGCGCCGCGGCGCGCGUGAGUCCGUCCGCGGCCGGCUGCUCGCCUGCGGUCGGUGUGCGCGUCGACGAGAGUCACCUGGCGCCGUUUCUGUUUGUCGUCGCAGACUUGUGGCCGUUGAUCCAGCAGGCCGCCUCACCGACGCAGAAGGGCGCCGCCGCCCCCACGCCUGCGCCGGCCCUCGCGGCGCAGCUGUUCAAUCCGCGCCCAGUGGUCGCCGCGGCGCUUGCGUCGCUCAACACCUUCGUCGCCUACGACUUGCUCUCCCCGGCGCACUGCGCCGACCCUUCGCUCUUUUCGAAUCAAAUCGUCCAGGCCGUCCUCGCCUGCGCCCACCAGCAGCUGCAGCAGCUCGCCUGUCCGCUGUCGCCCAGCGGCGCCGGCGCCUCCUCCGCCUUUUCAGUCUUCUCUCAGCAGGGCAGCGGCGGCGGACCCUACGGGGCGGGUCCCGGGGGCGAGCGGAGCGGCGGGGGGAGCUUCUCCGCGGGUGCGGCGGCGCUCGGGGGCGGAGGCGGAGGGUCCGGCGGCGUGGAGGAAGAGGUGAUUCUGCAGCGCGCCUUGGGACUGCUGCUGGAAGUGCUUGUGAAGUCCUCUGCCGGUCCGUACGUCUCGGAUGAAGGACUCUGGGAGAUCCUCAAGCUCUGCUACUACGUGGUGCGGCAGCCGCGCGUCUCCGCCGUCCUCCGCAGUCACGCAGAGAGUGUCCUCACGCAGCUCUUCCUCGCCGUCUUCGCGCCGCGCAGCACUCUCGCGCCCCUGCGCCGCGCCGGUCCCACGCUCGAGGCUCGCGGGCGCGCAGCCGCGCGCCGCUGCGUCCAGAGAGACGCCGCCGCCCCGCGGAGCGGCGACGGCUCCGCGAGAGAGAGAGAGGCCGCAGACGGCAGCGCGCGAGAGGCUGGCGAGACCGAGAGACGCGCAGGCCGCCACGAGGCGACGCAGCGCACAGGCCGCCACGAGGCGACGCAGCGCGCACCGGCCACGAGAGCCGGCGCAGGAGAAGAAGAAGAAGGAGAGGGAGGAGGGGCGCCUCCUGGGUCGGCGGGACCGCGCUUGGCGCCGCCCUGCAUCUUCCACCCGCACGGUCUCGGCUCGCUGUAUCUCUCGCUGCGAUUCGUCGCGUUCCUGAUUGCUCACGGCGUGCCCUUCACCUCGUCGGCGUCGCGCGCGCCGCCUUCGCUGCGGGCGGCGCCCAUUGGCGGCGAUGAGCGCAAGGCGGAGGCCGAGGGGUCGCUCGGCGGCGCGGGACCGCCGGCGGCGCAGGGGGGCGCAGGGGCAGCUGCUCACGGCGCGCCGGCGUCGGGCGGCGGCGAAGAGGGCAUGCGGCGCGCGGCGGCGGCGUCUUCCUUCUCCUCUCCGCUGCUGCCCGCCGCGUCCGCGUUUGUGGGCGAUGAGGAGCUCGCGGCGGGCGGAGCGGCGACGCGCGCGCCGGCGCAGCUGCGGCUCGUGGAGCUCUCGCAGGUGGUGCGUCGCAUGGAGAGCGACUUGUUGGGACUAUACGACGAAUUUUGCUCCAAGGCGGGUAAGGGGGACGAGGAAUUCAACCAAGAGAUGCGUGCGCUCGGGUUGACGUUGCUGAACGUCGUGCUGGAGGCUGCGGGGCGGGCGAUCGCGGCAUCGCCUUCGCUGCGCCACGUGGUGCGCGAGGAGAUCGCUUGGGCGAUCAUCUGCGGCGUGCCCGCCUUCUCCCUCGUUUCCUUCGGCGGCGCGCGAGACGCCGCGAUGCUCAUGCUCGCGGUGCUGCUGCGCGCCGUGUGGAACCUGCGGAGUUUCUGUCCGCCGCUGCCGGCGAGCGAAGCGACGCUGCUCGGCAGCGUCUUCUUCCGCGUGCUAGCUUCACCCGUCGCGCUGCUGCUGUAUCGCCCGGCGCCACAGGCGCUGGGCCCCCCGGGGCUGUCAACGAGCGCUGUCGGUGCGCAGUACCAAGCCCUCUGCCAGAGUCUGCAGCAGCAGGUUGCGCCGUAUGACUUCCGCUUCAUGACGCUGGAGGCGCUCGUCGAGCUCUGUGCCCUGCCGGAGUUCCUCCCGCAGUUGUUCAUUAACUUUGACUGCAACGUCCGCGCGGCUGGCGCGGACGUCUGCGCGCAAGUCGUCUCCCUGCUCGUUUUCACCGCUCUCGCGCCCGCCGCGCCCCCGCUCCCCAAGCUGCAUCAGAUUCAGCGGUGCCUCCUCAGCCAGGCGGCGCCCGCGAAGCGCGGCGAGCCUGCCAGCGCCGCCGGCUGGGUGGCGCCUGGCGACGCGGUGCAAGCCGCGCUGCAGGCGGCGAAUGCGUCGCUGCUGCCGCCCUACCGCGGCGUGUACCGCGACGCUGACUUCGUGAGCCUCCCCGAUGACUCUGGCCGCCAGUGCCUCGCCAGCGCCACGCGACAACGCGAGCGCGUCGCCUUUGCGAGCUUCGCCGCGGGGACGGGAGGGACAGCGGCGCCCGACGGAGGCGACGGCGCGGCGGCCGGUCAGGCCGCCGCGAGGAGGCGCGCCGGCGGGAAUCCUUUCCUCUUGUCUAGGAAGAAUGCCGACCUCAUGCGGCGCGCGGCAGCCGCCGUCGCGCAGGGCGCCACCGAGAAGGAGAGCCGCGACAUUCUCUUUUAUGACCCCUCUCGACUCAGAGAAAGCACAGAACUGAACCGCAUCGCGCUCCGCGGCCUGAUCAGCAUCCUGACGCUCACGGCGGCGCGCUGCGAAACAGCGGCGGCCGCCGCCGCGCAGAAGGAGCGCGAGCGCCAGCGGCGAGUGCAGCGCGAGGCUCGCCGACGUGCAGCGCGCCACGCAGAGGGCAAGGCGCAGGACGCGACGGGCGCCUCGCUUGCUCCUGACCCCCGCGACGCGGAGGCGUUCGACGUCGAAGAACGAUGGCGGGGGGAGGGAGACCGACGCGUGGCGAAGACGCGCGAAGAGGGACUGCGGAAGCUGGAGGACGGCGAAGACGUGGAACGCAGAGACGGCGAGGAGGAGGGCGAGCAGGAGGAACGAAGCGCUGUCGCAGAUGAGCUCGCCCAAGCCCUUGUCGAGAGCGGGCAAGCCUCCGCCGUCACGGCCUUCGCGGCGGUGCAGCCCCUCAGUCGACUCUGCGAACGAAGAGAAAGAAAAAAACGCGUGGAAGCUGCGGCAGCCAUUUUCAAUGCGAGCCCGAAGACCUUCGUGGCUCAGCUGGAAGCGCUCGCGCUGCUGCCGUCGCCAGCGACGCCGCGCGCCGUCGCCGCCUUUCUGCGCGACAUGCGCGGCCUCGAUUUAGUCAAGGUCGGGGAGUAUCUCGCGCAGAACAAAGACUGGAAUAAGCAGGUCCUCGUGGAGUUCCUCUCGACUUUUAGCUUCGCGAACGUCUCUCUGGUGGAGGCGCUGCGCAUGCUGCUGGCGUCAUUCCGCCUGCCGGGCGAGGCGCAGCAGAUCGAGCGCGUGAUGGAGGCAUUCGCGGGCGAGUAUUUUCAGCAGCAGCCGUUUGUGACGACCGAGGACCUUCCCGCGAAGCUGGCGGAGGCCGCGACGUUCUCGCGUGCGUCGCCGCCGGCUGAGGAGACUCCGGUCCGAAAGAAGAAGGAGAAAGUCGUGGAAGAUCCGCGCUUCUCGCUGCCGCGCUGGGUGGUGAGCGAGGCCGCGUACUGGCGGCACCGAGACAUCGCCGAGGAGGAGGAAGAGGACGGCGCGCGCGAGUGCGACGAAGAACGCAUGCUGGAAGAACUCCUCGAAAACCCACACAAAGGACGGCGAACCUCCGUCGACCUCGCCGACCUCCUCCGCCGCUACCUCGCCGCCCCCGAAGAGACCGCCAGCGGACGCGACUGCAGACUGCGAGAAGAACUCACGAAAAAAUUCAUGGAUGCGACGCCAGAAAAGCCGCCGCCGGGCUACGUGGCGUUUGAGCACCGCGACACGGUGUUCGUGCUGUCCUACUCGAUUAUUCUUCUGAACACGGACCUGCAUAAUUCGCAAGUCCGCGUGAAAAUGACCGUUGAGCAGUUCCUGCGCAACAACCGCGGCAUCAACCAAGGCAAGAGUCUCCCCGCCUUCUACUUGACGGAGAUCUACCUCUCGAUUCGCGACGAAGAGAUCCGUCUCAAGAGCUCCGCGCCGCCUGCAGCCGCCACCGGCAGCGCAAGCUCCGGUGGCGACGGCGCGCUGCAGAAGAAAACUCUCGCGCGGACCUCGACGACGCGCCGCAGAAGAAAAGGCGCUGACCGCGAGAGCGAGAAGGCGGCUGCUGCCGCCCACGCGGCGCCGAAGGGGCGUCCGAAACUCGAGGCGGGCGGCGCGUCGGCCUCCGCGGCGCGAGCCGGAGGUGGCAAGCGUGAGACACUCGCGAUGGUGAAGGCCUUUCUGCGAGGGCGACGCGCGCGGCGGGGCGAGGCUGCGGACCCGCAGCAGGCGCAGAGGAAAGAGCGCCGCCGCCGCGGGUCGUCGCAGGAGGCUGAGCGGCUUUUGGUAGUCGACGGCGGCGCCGCGUCCUCCUCUCUGGCGACUGCCCCCGCCUUCGCCUCCGACGCGGGCACCUGCGGGGGGAGCGCAGAGGACGGCGCGAGGCGACUCGCGAGUGGCGACUGCGUGGGGGGUUCUCUGUAUAUUCAGGCCAGCAGCGGGAACCUGGAGGCGCCGCUGUCGGUUUUGUGCGGCGAGUUGGAUGCGUUGUUUUUCUUUCUUUUUUGGGAGCAAGGCGUGUUUGACUGCUUCCGCGGGAUCCUCGAGACGACGACGGACGUGGGCGCGGUGGAGGAGGCGCUGUCGGGCAUUCUACUUCUGGCGAAAAUCGCCAUCUCGCUCGGCUUCUCGCAGGCGGUCAACGUGAUCGUCGUCGAACUCUGCGCCUACGUCAACCUCUCCCUCAGCGCCCUUGCGCAGAGCGUCUUCCCCGUGCUGCUGGAAAUCCUCCGACCGGCGCCGGCGCGGCAGGGGGCGGACGACGAGGACGAUCGCGGCUCGGAGGCGACGCAUGACUCCACGGCGUCGUCGCGCGCCCUCGAGGGCGCGGGCGCGCCGCACGCGCGUCCGCGCGAGGGAGGCCUCGGCGGCUGCGCGUGUCUCCGCGAGGAGGGUUGGGCGGCGUUCGUGGAGGUGCUGCUGAAGCUCUUUGCUCUGGACCUGCUCCCCGCCUCCGUCGCCCAGCUGCGCGAUUUCUGUGACCCCUCUGGGCGCCCGCUGCCGCGGCUCUGCACGCUCUUCCCGCCCUCCUUCGCCCCGCCGUCGCCGGCGGGACACGCACGAAAGAAAUCCGCGCGCCGAGGCUGGCUGGGCGACCUGACCAAUCUCCUCUUCGCCUUCGGAGACAGCGACGACGAGAGCGAGGGCGAGGGCGGCGACGGCGAGCGGAAACCCGGAAAGCGCGUCAGCCUCACGGUCCAACAGCAGCAGCAGAUCGUCGCGACCGUCCUCCAGGGUCAGGAUGACGCCGCGUCCUUCCCUGCGUCGCUGCUGAGCAACCUGCAGCUGCUGCGCUGCGGCACGUCCUUCGCAUUUCUCCCCUCGACGCUGCCGCCGCCGCUCGCGGCCACCGCGGAGCCUCCGCUGCCGAUUCUCUCCACGCCGCGGCGCCUGCAGCCGGUCGCGCACGCUCUGGAGCCCGGCCGCGAGCUGGGAAGAAAGGACGCGGAGGGGCGACGCGAAGACGAGGCGUUGCAGCUCGCCCGGGGAGUAGACGGCGACGAGGCGCGCGAGGAGACUGAGAGCCGCGAGGGCGAGGAGGGCGCGGGGAGCGCGGCGGAAGAAGAGCGAAGGCGGAAAGACGAAGAUCGCGACCGGCAGCUGGCAGCAGUCGCGCCCUUCUUUCGCUUCAAAGCAGUGCUUGAAAGGCUCUUCAAAAUCGACGAAAUCCUCGCGCAAAUCUUCACCUCGCUCCCGCCGGCGUCCGCGCUGUCUCUGGCGACCGUCCUCAUUCUGCACACGCUUCCCCUGGCGUCUCAGCCUGCGUCGCAGUCGCCUCCCGCAGGCCUCUCUUCUGCAUCUCCCCCUUCCUCGCCCCCGCAGCGAGGUCUCCCGGCGCGCGAGGCGGGCUCCGCAGCGACGCACGCGUCUCCCUGCGGCGUAUCUGCUGGGCGAGGCGACCGCCGGCGACGCGUCGCUCUCAGCUUCUUCGGGGUCGCUGCCGUCGGCGUAUUCCGCCUACUCAACGACCAGCGGGGCGUCCUCUGCCUCCCCGGCCUCGCAGGCGACGAGCCCGCCGGCAGGCGCCGCUGGGGCCCCGGCGCAGUCACCCUCGCCCCGAGGCCCCGAGGGCGGCGAAGGCGCGGCGGCGGUCGCGGCUCUGGGCCCGCGAGUCCCCGCGACCCUGCGGGACCUCAUGCAGACGGCAGCUGCGCGGCGAUGGCGAGGCCUGGGGGGGGGGGCGGCGGCGUGGAGGAAAGCGACCGGGAGAUGGAGCGGAGAGGCGAAGAGCGCGAGUUCUUCGCGGAGUUCGGCGCCCUCUGCGGCGCGAGCAUGGUCGACGACAUCAAGCGCUUCCGCGCCGUCGGCGACCGCUCGUUCGCGCUGGAAAUCUUUGGAUUUCUCGUCGCAGACCAAGGCGUGCUUCUUGCCGAAGCCGCGGGGGGUGUACGUACACCGGAGGACGGAAACGAGGAAGACGAAUCAAGCGGCGGGGGACGGCCAUGCGGAGUUUCCGCGUCGCUCUCACUCGGGAAGUCGCACGACGCAGAACGCGAAGAGGAGUUCGUCGCGCGUCUCGAGACGAAUCAACUCUUUUGGGCCCUCUGCACCACGCACCUGAGCGUCCUCAUGCGCCGCUACGUGAUCGCCGCCGCUGCGGAGACCGUCCUGCCGCCGUUCGUGGCCAUCGAGCGGACUGUUCGCGCCGCGCAGAUGCAGAGGAGAGCGGAGGGAGUCGUGGACGACGAGCGACAGGCCAAUGCGGUGGAAAUCGCAGACACGCACUCGGAAGGAACUCUCGAUAGCCACGUCGUUGCCCUUUCGAAGAAGAUGCUCUCCUCCUGGGGACGCAAACUCACCGUCGAAACGCCGGCAUGCCUGGACCGCGACGAGUUGCUUCUGAUUGAGCGCCUGAUGGUCGCGUCGCUGCGCCUCGUCGUGGAGUUCCUGCCGCUGGGGGCGUCGCUUGCGCCGCAGUCGCCCCGCGAAGGAGACUGCCGGGCCGCAGAUGAAGAUGCAGACGGGCGGGCGUUCCCCCCCUUGGAGGAGAAGAGAGCGCUCGCGGCGGCGGAGACGCAGGAAGAGCGAGAGAGGUGUCUGCGGCGAGUUCACGAGUGGAUCGAGCCCGCCGUUCUGCAUCUCUUGGCCCUCGUCGUGCACCUGCAUCCCAACGUCUACAUGCUGCAAACCGAAAGAAUCACUGCGGCUCUCCAGCUUCUUCUCUUCCCGCCGCAUUACCUCUCGACGCUGCGCUCGCCGCUGGCGGUCGACUUGUUUCUCGGCGUUCUUCAGCGCACGGUGCCUCUCCCGCCGUUCCUGCCGCCGUCGUCGCUGCCCUCCUCUCUUCUCCGCCAGCAGCAGCAGCAGCUCGCGGGCUCGAGUGUGCGGUUCCUCUCGCACUGGCUGCUCGCCCGCGGGAGCUCGGAAGCGUUGCUGGAGGCCGCGAAGCCGCGCCACCUCCAGGGCUUGAUUCAGACUCUCCUCGCGAUCUGCGUCCACACGCCGCAGCUCUUCCUGCUGAAGGGCGGCGCGUGCGUCUUCGAACAACGCGAGGGCGCGCCGCAGGGGGUCGUGGGGGAGCCCGAGCGGCGCGAGAGCCGCCGGCGCGGGGCGGCGCCCACUUCGAGUACCCUCGAGGACGGAGACGCAGGCUUUCUCCCCCCGCCCCUGCCCGCCCUCGGCGACGCGAAAGAGAGUCUCCUCAGGAAGCGCCGCGGGCUGAGUGGGCGACGCGCGCUGCUCGCCUGGGGCGGAUUCGGCGCACGUAGAGCCGAGAAGGACAUCCUCCACGAGGUUGGGGGCGGAGGACAAGGCGACGAGGGCCGGGGGCCGCCAGCCGGGGAGGAGGCGAGCGGCGACAGCGGGACGUCUGUCUUCGCCGCAAACCUCAAGGCGCUGAAGAUCAUUAACGACCUGCCAGCCACCGUCGUCGCGGCUGUCGAGGCCCGUAAGCAGGAGCCCUCCACAGCCGGCGAGCCUUCCGCCGCCGCUGCCGAGUGGUGUUCAGUUGAAGAAGUCGGCGUCCUGUGGAUGAAGGUCCUCCAGGCGCUCGCGAUCAGCUGCGCCUUCGGACCUAAGGCGGUCCGCGUCAAGGCCCUCGGGUACCUGCAGUAUCACCUCCUGCGCGCGUCGCCACGGCCGCCCUCCGCGUCGCCGGACCCUGAAGAGCGCGCCGCGGAGGCGUCUCCGUCCUCGUCGCUGCUGCGCACAGUCAUGGAGAGCCCAGCCGUGUGGCGCCUGGUGCUUCAGGAGAUCCUCUUCCCGCUUCUUUCAUAUGGCUUUCAUUAUCCGUACGACUACGCUGGCGCGGAGGCGGCGGGGGCGGCGGCCGCGGCGGAGCCUCAGGGAGAGAAGUCCGCGCGAAGCGGCGAGCCUGGGGACGGAGAGGCCGAGUCAGCGGAGUCGAGAGAGAAGCGCAGCGGCGCGAGCGAAAGUCCCUACACGUUCCCUUCGGACAGCCGCCUUCGCAGGCCCGCCGCCUGGAUGGCAGCGCCCCUGGGGAGACGCUACACACUCGAGGGCGCCGUGGCUGCGCUCGGCGCCGAGGAGAUCCUGCAGCGCCGCGCGGCGUCCGCGAGUCUGGUUUGCCGGCUCUUCCUCUCGCACUUGGAUCUGCUGCUGCAGCCGCUCGUUGAGUCCGACGACGCAGAAGAGGAGAGAAAGAGGCAGGAGGCCGCAAAGGAAUCUGCGCUGCGUUUGCUCGGCCUCGUCGGAGACCAAGUGCUUGUGCGCCACUUUGGAGGGGACGUCGAGGCCGCGCAUGCAGCGGCAGUGUGCGGAGGUCUGCGGCUGCUCCUCCCGCCACUCGUUCAGUUCCUCGAGCUCCUCGUCGCACAAGCCAGCGCGGCACCCGUCGUGUUUUGCGACGCCUUUUUGGAGAACUUGAAGAACACGUUUCUGGUUGUUCUUACCUCGCCUGCGGUCGCGAAAGCCUCGACCGAGGGCACCGUGGCGUUGCCGCCUCCGACGGCGGCGGACUUUGGGCUCGCAUCCGCUGGCGACGCGAAGGCGGAGGGGCCACCGCCGACGACGAACGGCGAAGAAGGCGAGCUGGCGCGAGGAGGAGAGGCGGACGGAGAUCUCGCAAAUUCCGGCGCAGAGCAAGGCUGCCAGCCGAAGCGACGAGGCAGCGGACGACACCAACUCGAGUCGCAGUCGUACCUCGACGCAGCCCUGCAGCAGCUGUCAAAGAGCCAGCAGCUGCUCAUUGCAAUCGCUCACCAAGUCAUUUCGCCGGCGUUUCCACACCUCGUGAAGGAUCUCCUCUUGAUCAUCUUGCCUACGCUUCUCCCUGCUCCUUCGCCGGCCCGCAGCCGCAAAGCAGAAGGGCAGAGUCCCCUCGCUGCGGAGGGCAUGGGCGAGCAGCAAGAAGAGGUGGAGAGGCAGGCGUCUGCGGAGCGGGCUGAGAACAAGCAGACGAGAAAAGCAUCGGGCGAGAGAGCGAGCCACACAGAAACAGACGAAGGAGCGCCCCCUCCCCCUCCGCCGCCUCCUCCUCCUCCCCCGCCACCCCCCGCGUCUCCUGCUUUCGUCGGGCGCCAAGACAGUGGAAGCGGGAUGUCUGCAGGCGAGGGAGGGAGGCCGGACGAAGGGAUGGAUCACGAAGCGCGCGAGUGGUCUCAUCAUGGCUCUCAGAGGGGAGGCAGCUCGCUUUUCGAUGGCAGACCACGGGUCCUCGACGAAAGAGAUAAUGCUGAACCUGAGGGUGGGCAGGGACUUAGGAGUGAGGGUGCAGUUGCACCGGAUGCAACCGGGCAGGCUGGCGACCUUGGAGAAGAGAAGGAAAAACACGCAGGGCAGAGACCAGCUGACAGAGAUGCGGAGGAUGGCGCGGCGGGCUCCCAGCACGCUAAAGGUGAAGAUAGCGCAACCGCGAAGACGCGUCUUCCUCCCCCACGAAGCUGGCGGGAGACUUUCUUCGGGGCCGGCGCUGCAGCUGCAGCCCUGGGCAGGGACGUAGAGAGCUGA